UAUCAAUGUUUUCACAUCAUAGCAGUCCGCUUCGUUCUUUGGCUCCGCCCAAUGACGCUAAUCUAUCAACUGAGGUGUUACCACCACCACAGCAGCUCAGUCAGUGUGAACGUCGUUUUGAAAAAAAUCUAAGUGUCAAACUUAGGGUAACAUGAGCAGCAUAAAUAGGCCACACAGGAAGAAGCCCCUCCUCAGUUACACUUCAGUUCAGCUUGGUGUUCAGACAGUCAACAUGGAGGUCGGUGCGCUCUGCAUCAAACUCUUGGUCCACGUGUUAUUCCUGCUGUGUGCACAUGUUCAGGACGUUGAUUCACUGAUUCUCCGUCUUGAACCAAACAGACUGCAGUUCUUUAAAUACGAGUCUCUGAUCUUCCAUUGUGAGGGCUCUGAUGACUCGACUGGAUUGAAAAUUGUACAUCGGUCCAAAGGGGAAUUAGUCAAAUGUCAAACUACAGUGACAUCAAAAAGGUCAUCCUGCACUAUUCAUAAUAUUUUUCCAGAGGACAGUGGGCAAUACUGGUGUGAGUCCAGAGAUGGGAACAGAAGCGACAUCAUCCACAUCAAUGUUACUGAUGGUCCUGUGAUCCUGGAGAGUCCCAUCAGUGUGGUGGAGGGAGAGACUGUGACUCUGCGCUGCAGACGCAAGACGACCUCUACCAAUCUCUCAGCUGAUUUCUACAAAGAUGGCCGCCUUAUCAGAACAAGCUCUGCAGGAAACCUGAGCAUCUCCAGUGUUUCCAAACGUGAUGAAGGAUUCUACAAGUGUAUCUCUGGAGGAAGAGAAUCAGCCGAGAGUCUGAUGGCUGUCCAAGCUGGUGAUGUGAUCCUGGAGAGUCCCAUCAGUGUCGUGGAGGGAGAGGCUGUGACUCUGUGCUGCAGACACAAGACGACCUCAACCAAUCUCUCAGCUGAUUUCUACAAAGAUGGCCGUCUCAUCAGAACAAGCUCUACAGGAAACCUGAGCAUCCCCAGUGUUUCCAAACGUGAUGAAGGAUUCUACAAGUGUAUCUCUGGAGGAAGAGAAUCAGCCGAGAGUCUGAUGGCUGUCCAAGUUGAUCCUGUGAUCCUGGAGAGUCCCAUCAGUGUGGUGGAGGGAGAGGCUGUGACUCUGCGCUGCAGACGCAAGACGACCUCAUCCAAUCUCUCAGCUGAUUUCUACAAAGAUGGCCACCUUAUCAGAAGAAGCUCUACAGGAAACAUGAGCAUCCCCAGUGUUUCCAAACAUGAUGAAGGAUUCUACAAGUGUAUCUCUGGAGGAAGAGAAUCAGCCGAGAGUCUGAUGGCUGUCCAAGAUGGUCCUGUGAUCCUGGAGAGUCCCAUCAGUGUGGUGGAGGGAGAGACUGUGACUCUGCGCUGCAGACACAAGGCAACCUCUACCAAUCUCUCAGCUGAUUUCUACAAAGAUAGCCACCUUAUCAGAACAAGCUCUACAGGAAACCUGAGCAUCCCCAGUGUUUCCAAACGUGAUGAAGGAUUCUACAAGUGUAUCUCUGGAGGAAGAGAAUCAGCCGAGAGUCUGAUGGCUGUCCAAGUUGAUCCUGUGAUCCUGGAGAGUCCCAUCAGUGUGGUGGAGGGAGAGACUGUGACUCUGCGCUGCAGACGCAAGACGACCUCAUCCAAUCUCUCAGCUGAUUUCUACAAAGAUGGCCACCUUAUCAGAACAAGCUCUACAGGAAACAUGAGCAUCCCCAGUGUUUCCAAACAUGAUGAAGGAUUCUACAAGUGUAUCUCUGGAGGAAGAGAAUCAGCCGAGAGUCUGAUGGCUGUCCAAGAUGGUCCUGUGAUCCUGGAGAGUCCCAUCAGUGUGGUGGAGGGAGAGACUGUGACUCUGCGCUGCAGACGCAAGACGACCUCAUCCAAUCUCUCAGCUGAUUUCUACAAAGAUGGCCACCUUAUCAGAACAAGCUCUGCAGGAAACAUGAGCAUCCCCAGUGUUUCCAAACGUGAUGAAGGAUUCUACAAGUGUAUCUCUGGAGGAAGAGAAUCAGCCGAAAGUCUGAUGGCUGUCCAAGACAACCAGGGAGAGAAUGUCUCAUCCUUUUCCACCCCUUGGAUAGUUACGACUGUUUUAUCGAUUCUGUUGUUGCUGGUUGGACUUCUUCAUUUCGGCAAAUAUAUUCAGAACAAAGUCACUGUUGAGGCCCGUCGAGUGGCAGCAGAUGCACCAAGCGACCAAGCGAUGUAUGCUGCGAUUACAAAAGACAGGACAAAGAGAGAGCAAGGAGUAUCCAGAACCAUGACGGCGACAGUUCACUCAGCUGGUACCAACCGACCUUUGACACAGGAACCCCUCUAUUCUUUGAUCCAGUCGCAACGUGACGGCUGAAUGAAGGACGAGCAGCACAUGAGACGUUUGGUUGAACCUGAUGUGUGAAAAAACACUUUUUAUUUUAUUUUACAUUGUAGAAAUGGUUUUCAUGCUUUGCGCCCUACAUGUGUUGAUGUUUAAAGAUAUUUUAAAGAGAUGUGGUUUGUAUUUUCAGAUGUAUUAUCUGUUAUUAUCUAGUGACAGUUAAACCCACAUGUUCCAUCUGCUGUGUGUAUUUACGUGAGUGUGAAACUGUGGUCAACCACCACCUUGAUGCUGCAGCUUCACUUUCAUCUGAAGCACACUGACCGAGUCCAAAUAAAAAAUGAGUCUG